GACAAAACACAUGCGCUUGCUCGAUAUUGGCGCAGUCAGUCCAGUUUCGCUCUCACUGGCAGAAUUUUCCAUUUAUCGCUGCAGUUGUCGGAAAAAUUGAUUUCAAAAUAUUUCCCAUACAAACAUGUUACUGUUCUUUCUGACGGAUCAACUAUUAUGCUGUCCUAAACACCAGACAACAAAGACAAGCAUUGCAAAAAUAGCAGCAGCAACAACAAAAACAACAACUAAUGCACUCUCUAUAACUUUAUAACAAGAGAUUUUCGUUUUCGCGCAAUUUUAAGAAAAGCAACAACAACAGCCAGGCGUGACUACAGCAAAGUUGACGCAAAUAUUUCUUAAAAUCACCGAAAAAUAAACGAAACGGAGAACAGCGUACCAGCAAGCCAGAAAUUAAAUUGAAAACAAAUUACGCUUAAAGCGACAAACAACAUAAAACUCUUUUGAAAAAAGAUAACGAUACGAUAAACUACAAAGAAUUUAAAUAAAUCUUGUCUCACACACAAUUACACAAACCGAAUUUGUUAAAGAGUGGGGAAGUGUGUUAACUAACUACUUUUUAUUUCCGCUUUAAGUACAUGUAAUUUCAAAUUAUUGUGUGUGGCAUUGUUUGCUCUUAGGCGCAGUUAGUUUGGUUAAAACUAGCUGCCUUAGUAAAAGAUCAUUUAAGCUUAGUUUAAGUACAAGCGCUGCCCGGCGUCGCUUUGAAUUUCACUAAAAUUUCAUAUUUUCGUAAUGAAAAUUGCAAACAUGAAAUUUAAGCGCAAAUAUGGCUGUUUAAAUAUUUGAAAAAUAAUAUUAGUGUAUUUUUCGAAUAUUUUAUUUCAUAGUAUUCUAUAAGUUUUCAAACAUUACAAGCAAAUCCCCUGUCUAACUAAGUCUAUAUCUGUCUGUUUGUGUCUUUUGUAAAACCCCCYUACCCACCUACUGGUUAGAUUAACAAUACAUUUACACUUACACACACAUACAAACAAAAAUCAACUCAUAACAUUUAAUGAUAUUGAAGCUUUUUAGCUAAAUACUGAAUACUUUUGUAAUUAAAUAGCUAGGAUUGUGGUAUUUGAUUCAAGCAGACGCUUAACAAUUUUCAGAUUUUUUUUCCAAUUUUCUACGGCUCCUCUUACCGUGUGUAUGCUUAAUUUUUUAUUGGAAAAUUUCUAACAUACAUUUAAUAUACACGCUAAUAAUUGUGAAAACGCUAAAUCAAAUGAUAUUAUAAUCAAAUAACAAAUAAAACAAUAACAACUACAUAAAUAGUCAAAUUAAUUGCACUGAAAAAAAAACUUGCAACAUGGAUGCACUAUCGCCCGAUUUGUUAUGGAUGGUCGUGCUCGGCUUUCUGAUCGCUUUUGUGUUGGCAUUCGGCAUUGGCGCUAACGAUGUGGCAAAUUCGUUUGGUACGAGCGUUGGUUCGGGUGUGCUCACUAUAAGACAAGCUUGCGUACUGGCGACAAUAUGUGAAAUUUCUGGAGCAGUUUUGAUUGGUUACAAGGUUUCGGACACUAUGCGUAAAGGUAUUUUGGAAGUUGGUCUCUACGAAGGCGCCGAAGAGGAAUUAAUGUUGGGCUGUGUCGCUGCGCUGGCAAGCAGCGCUAUUUGGUUGCUGGUCGCCACAUUCCUGAAGCUACCCAUUUCGGGUACACACAGUAUUGUCGGUUCAACAAUCGGUUUUUCGUUGGUKGCGCGCGGUACACAAGGCCUUAAAUGGUCCACAUUGGCCACGAUAGUGGGUUCAUGGUUCAUAUCGCCGGUGAUGAGCGGCUUGGUCAGUAUUUUACUCUUUUUGGCAAUCCGAAAAUUUAUUUUGCGCGCCGGCGAUCCACUAAAGGCGGGAUUUCGUUCAUUGCCGAUCUUUUAUGGUGUCACCUUUUUCAUCAAUGUUAUUAGUGUGGUGUUGGAUGGACCGAAGUUACUUUACAUGGAUAACAUUCCCACUGGGGUUGCUAUAGGUACGAGCGUUGCGCUCAGCUUAUUGGUGGCACUACUUACUCAACUUAUUGUUGUACCAAUACAAAAACGUAAAAUCGCUAAACAAUUACGCGCUCAAAACCCUGUCAAAUUCAAUUUUGAGGACUCUGUUGAAUCCUCACCGUCCGGUAGUCCUAAGAAAAAUCGUCGUCCAUUAUCACUCGUUAGCGAUGGCAAACAAUUGCCAGCAAUUGCCGAAAUCACCGAACUCGUCUCAUUGACCGAUAAUUCACCGAAAACAUUUAAGUUAGCACCUUAUGGGCUUAAUAAAAAUGGUCAUGUGACCACAUCCAACAACGGUUAUACUGCAGACGCUUACAAGAUAAAUCCGGAAAUUAUAAAGAAAGCCGAAGACUUGCUGGGCAAAGCCAGCUUGGAUAAUACGGAUUUGACCAUUACUAGUUUGAAUUUCAUUGACGAGCAGUAUCAGAAUGGCAAUGGCUUGCUGCAGAAUGGCAAUCGGAAUAGCAAUACAAACGGUAUAGUAUUGAAUGGUGCUGGGAAAGCCAGUCAGCUGCAGGAUUAUUUUAAGCCGGGCGUCAAAUCACCUUUGUUGGAUAUGAAGAGCUUUGAACAUUCCAAUGAGCUUCCAGCACAUCAGCAACAACUGCUCGAAAGCAACCAAUCACCCGGCUGUGUUGCAAAUAAUAUAAUUACACAAACUGCCAUGGACACAAGUACCACCAACAUUGCUACAACCACACUCGCUGCACCCGCUGUUGCGCCAAACGGUGAUGGACAUUCACAAAUUUCRGAUGUGAUAGUUACUCAAGCUACAACAACUACGUUGGAGCCCAUGACAACAUCCACAACUGCCAAAAAGGAUUUGAAAGUGGUUGAAAGCGGUAGCAGUUUGGAAAUGAUGAUAACAUCUACUUUAUCGCCGAAUUCCAGCAAGAUACCGUUGAUCGAGAGCAAAGAGUUGAUACAAGACUUCAAGCAGAAGGGCGAUGCACCAGCGCACAAUGACGAGGAGUCGGAGGAGGUGUCAAUGCUAUUUUCAUUUUUACAAAUUUUAACUGCGACUUUUGGCAGUUUCGCACACGGUGGUAAUGAUGUGAGUAAUGCCAUUGGGCCACUAAUCGCGUUGUACAUGAUUUAUAGAGAGGGUUCUGUGAUGCAAAAGGCCGAAAGUCCCAUUUAUAUUCUGAUCUAUGGAGGUAUUGGUAUCUCAGUGGGUCUAUGGCUGUGGGGACGACGGGUCAUCGAGACAAUCGGCAAUGAUUUAACGAAAAUUACAUCCUCCACGGGCUUCACUAUCGAGGUCGGUGCGGCGAUCACGGUGCUAUUGGCGAGCAAAAUCGGUUUACCCAUCUCAACGACACAUUGCAAAGUGGGUUCUGUGGUUUUUGUGGGACAUGUCAGUGGCAAGGGACAUAAACCAGCGAAAGCUGGAUUCUCAAAGGAGGCUUCAGUGGAAGGCGCUGUCAUUACAUCAUCCACUGCUACCACGCCAACAACAACGAAUGCGAAUGAAAUAUGCGCUAAAAUGACGGUGUCCUCAUCAACGAGUACGAACGCCAUAGCCAAUAGCGCCGAUGGUGUGCAGGCUGUGACUACUGGUGGUGAUGCUGUUGCUGCUGCGGGCGUUGCUGUCGGUGCUGUCGAUUGGCAUUUGUUCAGAAACAUUGCCUACGCUUGGAUUGUGACCGUGCCGGUUACGGCGCUGCUCUCAGCUGGCAUAAUGUUUCUGAUGUGCAGCAUUGUUUUGGCCUAAGCCAAGUGGCAUGGCGUUUAAUUACGAAAUAAAUAUAUAUUAAAAAGAAGAAGAAGCAGAGAACCAUGUUACAAUUAUUAAGUAUUCAUCAAGCUUAUCUACAAAUGUACACAGUAAUGAUAUUGUACUUAUUAUGAUAAUGUAAUUUAUUGUUAUUAUUAAAAAAAAGCGAUUAAAACAAAA